AUGGCCGACGCUGUGCCAUCCCUUGGCUCAACGCCUAUGGAUCUUGAUAUCAGAGCUACCCGGACAAGCGCCAACAUGCUUGAUGGAUUGCAGAGCUUGCUCGACAGCAAAGAAUGCUGCGAUAUUGUGUUUCUCGCAUGCGAAGAGCAGAUUGAAGCGCAUGCUGUGGUUCUGGCUGCAAGCAGCCCCAACUUCUGCAAGUACUUAAGGCAGUCUUCCAUGCGUGGACUCAAAGAGCCCUCGGCUCCUGGCCACGAAAUGGAGGAGCUGUUCACGACCGUAUUGACCAGCCCGCACGGGGCGGCCGGAACGGCUGGGGCGCUUUCGCCCGUGGCCCCCAGAGCCGCAGGAGAGGGAGAAGAGCCCCAAGCAGAGGUCCCCGAGACAGAGGCCCUUUCCCAACCGAAGGAGGAGCCUGGGAUGGAUGGAGCUGGCAAAGGCUCCGAUGAGGCGACAGCGGAAGCGCCCAUGGAAGUGGAGGUCGAAGCUCCCAAGCCGGAAGAAGCCGCCCCAGCACGAACUGCCGGGACAACUAGUCCCGCAAAUCCCACACACCACGAGAAGGCAAAGGCGGACAAGGUUCGUGUUCAGGUCAACGGCCUCUCCUCCUCAGAGGCGAUGCACAUCCUCCUGGACUACAUCUACAAGGGCAGUGCAGCCGCCAGCUGGGAAUACAAGGCUACGACUGCGCAGGUUAACAAGGAGAUCUUGCGCUUGGCCAGAUGCUUCGGCUUUGCGCAGCUGCACGAGCACGCGGCGAGGUGGCUUGCAAAAGGCUUGACUACCGAGAAUGUUGUGGACCGACUCGUAACGUGCGAGGAGUUUGGACUAGGCCUGCUGCGCGAGAAGAUCACCGAGAGGCUCGCGCUGAAGCCUGCCGAAAUGAUGCAAGUGUGCAGCAGCCCGGAGAUCACCAAGCACCCUCGGAUCUUGCAGGACCUCCUGGUGCAAGUUGCUUCGCUGAAAAAGGGCUGCACGGAGGCGACAGAGGAUGCAAAAGAGGAGAAGCAAGAGCCGAAGGAAGAGAAGCCUGCGAAGCACGACAAAGCCGAAAGGGAGAAGGAGAAGCAUGAGAAGGAGAAGCAGGACAAGGCCGAAAAGCCGGACAAACCGGAGAAGAAGCACGAAAAGGCAGAGAAGCCCGAGAAGCCGUCGAAGCAGGCAGAGAAACAGACGGGCAAGAAGCGCAAAGCCGGGCUCCCAGGAAGCCUCGACGAAUCAAGGUGGUUCUCAUAUGCUGUAUAA